GCAAGGGUUGCCUCUGUCUGUUUCUUUUUGCUAAUCCCUAAAUCUUCUGUAAUCGGGAUGACAGGGGAAGAGCAUGCUGCCUGAUUUAGGACCACACACUUAGGACUUGGCUGGAGUGCUAACUGAUCAGACGACCUAACAGGCCAUUGAAAGACAUGGAGGGAGUAGGCAGAGUAGACCUCUAGACAGUUUGGGGAACUUCAACUUAACCACUUUCUCACGAGAGAAGGAGUCCGGUACAACAAGAUGUUCAAAAAGAAAGAGAAAAGAAGAGGACUUUCUGUGGUUGCAUUCAUCUAGGAUGACAAUGGUGUGGAGCAGACAAGACAUUCAUGGCUUCAAGUUCUUCAACAAGCGACGACCCCCACUUGGGCGCUGGCCCACAUGAGGAUUCAGAGAUCACCCCAGAUGAUUCUGACUCUGGAAGUCUCCUUUCUGAUGACUCAGUGCUUCCCAACUUCGAGAGAGAUGACAAGUAUACAGAGCCACCUAAAACACUCUAUGAGGCAUGUGCUCGGAAUGAUCCCACAUCCCUGCAAAGGAUCUUGGAGAGGGGUGUCACCAAGGAAGAGGCCAUGGAGUUGGACAUUAAUGGAAGAAGUGGACUGAUGGUGGCGGUGUGCAAAGGAUUUGUGGACAUUGUCACCAUGCUGCAUGUGUGUCCUCUAAUAGACAUAAACCAUCAAGACAAUGAUGGCAACACUGCCCUGAUGAUCGCUGCCCAAGCCGGCUUUGCCACCAUUCUAAAUUACAUCAUGAACUACUACCCUGGUGUGGACACUGAGGUCAGGGAUCCUCGUGGCUUCACUGCUCUCAUCAAGGCCGGUCUGCAGGGCAGAGAAGACUGUGUGUCGGCCCUGCUAAUGCAUGGCGCAGAUAUGAGUGCAAUGGACCAUGUCCAGGGACGUGGCUUGAAAGAUUGGGUUUUGAGAACCGGACGAUUUGAGACAAUGAACAGAAUACGCCGACUGCAGGCCUUUCCUGUCGCUCAACAGUUUUGUGAGAACUACACUCCUGAGUGGCCUGAUCUUAAGCAGAUAGUGGAAAAAGCAACUGCCCAAAAAACAACAGGUCAGAAACUGAGGCAGUGCUUAAAGGACAGCUUCACUUUCAGCUUCCCUCAGGACCCCCAAGACAAUGGAGUCAUGGACAACAUGGUGCGUAUGACCACAAGCAUCCACAGCCCCCUCAUUGCCACCGGUUGCCACCCACUGUUUCCCAGCAGCCCCCCCGAAAUUGGCAAGCGUCGUUUUGCUGUUCCCGAAUUACUUGACAAGUACAGCAACAAAGAGUUGGAGGAGAGCACCGUGUCACACAGCUACGGCUCCAUUACCUCCCCCUCUCCCAGCGCUGUAUCAGUCGCCUCCGUAUCACUGACCUCCUGCUGCCAGGAGUCAGACCGUAGGCAGAGCAUGCCACCUGGGGGAAUGAGAGCCUUCAUUCCCCGCAGUAUUGCUCACAGGAACAGCAUCUUUCCCGCAGACUGCAUCCCUAAAAUUGAAGUGACCAGAUCUGGCGAGGCUACUCCAAAGAAAGAGAAGAAGAAGAAAAAGCAGACGGGCUACCUGGAGCCUCCAGUAUGGAAAUAUAAGGCGGCCAAGGAGGAGAAGAAGAGGGAAAAUAAGGAAAAGGAGCAAGAGAGAAUGUCAAAUGGUUCUAAACAAAACCAAUCAACGUAAUGCAACAUGGUGUGACUCAGAAGGUAGUGUGGCACUACAGAAUGUUGAGGGUUUCUGGUCACUGCUGCUGUGUCCUUGAGCAAAACACUCCACUCUUAUCCCAGUGCCACACACACUGGUGUAUGAAUGUGAAUUAAUUGUUGGUGCAAGUUGGCAGCCGCAUUCUCGUCAGUCCACCCCAGGGCAGCUGAGGCUACAAAUGUAACUUACCACCAUCAAGGUAUGACUGUGGUGUGCAUUAAUAAUACAUUCUCCAUAAUGCGCUUUUGGUCUCUAUAAAAAGUGCUACAUGAAUGUAAUCCAUUAUUAUUAUUAACACCGACAAAUGUAUGUUUUCUUUACUCACUGUGGUCGUCAUGUGACAUGAGUUGCAGGACAUUGUUAAUGCCUAAUGGGAACAUAUGCAAUAUUGACUGAAUUCACAUGCUCAAUUAAAUGAGCAUUUAAUCAUUUUAAAAAUGUAGUUGUUUGCACUUCCAGGGUAAUUAAUUAAAGUAUACAUUGAGAACAAAAGUAAUGUGUCAUCAAGGCAAAGCAAAACAAUAAAUAACAAAAUGCCUGAUUUUUAAAUGUUCAAACCUGUAUGUCCCCAUAGCAGGUCACAUCAAAAGAAAUUACUCUAACAGUAAAUGACAAAUCCAUUCCUUUUGCCAAAACAUUUUAAUCCCUAAUAUUUAGAACCUAGUUUGAGCACUUUUACUUCCGAAAGUAAAUGGCUUUACUUCUGCAAUAUGUCACAGCCUGGAAUAGAACAUGUACCUUAAAUUACAAGCUUCAAGGUGCUGAUUUGAUUGAUUGAUUGAAACUUGUAUGCAGUACAGUACAUAUUCCGUACAAUUGACCACUUAUUGGUAACACCAGAAUACAUUUUUCAACUGGUUUAAGUCGGGGUCCCCGCUGUUUGCAACUGUCUCACAGUAACAUUUUUCAAAGCAAAAAAAAUAACAAGAACACCGCCAGCUAGCUUGUAUUACCAAUAGUGGUUUGACAGAACACAUUUCUUUGACAAUUGGCUAUAUUUUUAACAAUUCCAAAGUGUAUGUAACAAAAAAGAUUUACCGGCCCGAAACAAAUGAUUGGUGUUAACGGCUCAUCAACACGAAAAGGGCAUAUUAUGAUUUGUUUCUACAUUUAAAACACUUCCUUGUGUUCUACAUAAGAUGUAAUAGUGGUUCUUUGGUUCAAAUUUUGCAUAAAUUAAGUUUUACAGGACAUUUUCAAGCCGCUUUCUGACAGUCUCUUCAGAAUCCACCAAUUUUUGAGCCGUCUAACAUGCCUCUACUUCGACUGUGUUUUCUCCCCAUCAGACAAGUUGCGGUUUUUAGCGCUUCCAUAUCAAGUCUACUGACAGAUAUAAGUUAGAACUGUAAGCUACUUUGUAUUAGAAAUGGCAACAGUGAAGGAUGUAUGUGCAUGUAGUCUCCCCCACAACAAGAGGAUACAGAAAAAGAAGGAACUUAAUGACUACAACGUCGGACAUCUAAGCUCUUCGGGUAAAACUUUACUAUAUAUAGAGAUAUCAGCUGAUGUUACUAAUGGGAAUAGCGUCACAAUUGGGGCAAACUCAAAACGACUCGUUUGGAGGAAGUAUAAACGAAGUCAAGAUUAUUUUAUAAAUAUCUACGCCAUGCCUAACAGGUCGCCUUUAAGUUAGGCACUCUUCAGUUGGGAUAUUACCUGUACUGCAUAACAUAAAAAGUAGCUUUCUCUCUGUAUGCUAUAUGCUGUGUAUGCUAUAUGUAGCACUAGCGUCUACCAGAUGCCUUUUAUAUGUAUUUGAAUUUUUGAAUUUUUAUGAAUUACUCAGGGGUUGAGCUGGACUCAUGAUUCUCUUUUCUGUUUACAAGUUGUCCUCCAAUACAAUGUGAACAAUUCUAUGCUUCCAACGUUGUAAAAUAAAAAAUAGACAGCUUGACAAAA